AUGAACUCUCGUCUUGAUUACGGGGCUGCCCUGACCUUCGUCAGAAAUGUCGAAUCAGUUCAAGCGCAGCUCGAUACCCUCAUGGAGAACCUUCGACUCUGCCGCGGUGACAACAUUGGAUCCAGAGAUCCCGUUCAUUGCCUAUUGAUCCGCUUGAACAGGGAUCAGGAAUGCUACAGUUUCUUGAAAUGGUGGCAACAUCCGCUAAAAACCCGCAGUACGAUUGGGGCGAUGCAACCCUGCCAUACCUGGAUAUCAGAGAGGCCAAUCCACUUGAGCCAAUCGAGCCUUUCCCGUGAAAUACAAGGUCUUUCGCACAUCGUUUCACUGACUCUCGUCAAAAUCAAGCUGUAUUUCGUCUUGCUCACCGCCCAUGGAGCCCAAGCGUAUGAGGAGGCAACAGAAAAGAACCGCAAGAUCAUGGAUGGGAUGAUAGACAUCAGGACUUCGACAAUAGCUAGAAAUCCACACGUCGCCAAUCUGACAAUUCUCGAAGCUCAGCCUGCAAUUGAGAAUGUUAAGGCUCAGAUUCGCAAAUUGUACCACACUGGCAACAAAGCGAACCCGUACUUUUGGCCGGAGGUCAUCAACCCUAACGAGAGCUUGAAUGCUGCGCCUUCAAUGUGCUCGCCUGGAAGUAAGCAGGAGAUGGAAGCGACCAUGAUGUGGACCUGGCAAGCUCGGAACGAGAGCUUUGGCGCGCUCGAGAUCGUUUAUGCGGCAGUCAACGACCCAAAGGAUGAAUUCAUAUUCUUAAUUAUCUAA